UUUUUAUUGCGGUAGCUGCUCUCCAGCUUGACAUGCACGUCCUUCAUCUGACUUUGAAAAUUUUUUCGCCCGAGUUUUCGCCCAUAGAAAGCGCUCAAAAUUUCUCAGCCAUCACAGUCGAUUCCUUGCAAGCAAGCCGAUAGAUAAACAAAGAGUUAACCAUGUCGAAGAUUGGUAUCAAUGGAUUUGGUCGCAUCGGCCGCUUGGUUCUGCGCGCCGCCAUCGAUAAGGGCGCCAACGUUGUGGCCGUCAACGAUCCCUUCAUCGAUGUGAACUACAUGGUCUACCUGUUCAAGUUCGAUUCGACCCACGGACGUUUUAAGGGCACCGUUGCCGCCGAGGGCGGUUUUCUGGUGGUCAACGGCCAGAAGAUCACCGUUUUCAGCGAACGCGACCCGGCCAACAUCAACUGGGCCAGCGCUGGUGCCGAAUACAUCGUGGAGUCCACUGGCGUGUUCACCACCAUCGACAAGGCAUCCACUCACUUGAAGGGCGGUGCCAAGAAGGUUAUCAUCUCGGCCCCAUCCGCCGAUGCUCCCAUGUUCGUUUGCGGCGUCAACUUGGAUGCCUACAAGCCCGACAUGAAGGUGGUCUCCAACGCAUCGUGCACCACCAACUGCCUGGCUCCUCUGGCCAAGGUGAUCAACGACAACUUCGAGAUCGUCGAGGGUCUGAUGACCACCGUUCAUGCCACCACUGCUACCCAGAAGACCGUCGAUGGACCUUCCGGCAAGUUGUGGCGUGAUGGACGUGGCGCUGCCCAGAACAUCAUUCCAGCUUCCACCGGAGCUGCCAAGGCCGUGGGCAAGGUUAUCCCCGCCCUCAAUGGUAAGCUCACCGGAAUGGCAUUCCGUGUGCCCACUCCCAACGUUUCCGUGGUCGAUUUGACCGUGCGCUUGGGCAAGGGUGCGUCCUAUGAUGAAAUUAAGGCCAAGGUUCAGGAGGCCGCCAACGGACCCCUGAAGGGAAUCCUGGGAUACACCGAUGAGGAGGUCGUGUCCACCGAUUUCCUCAGCGACACCCACUCGUCGGUGUUCGAUGCCAAGGCUGGCAUUUCGCUGAACGACAAGUUCGUGAAGCUGAUCUCUUGGUACGACAACGAGUUUGGAUACUCCAACCGCGUCAUCGACCUGAUCAAGUACAUGCAGAGCAAGGAUUAAAUGUGGAACACCAAGAACACCAUCCACCCACACUCUACGUAAAAGUUAAAGAUUAGGGCGCGGUAGAAUGGGGUGCGACACUUCAGAAACGGCCGGAAAAUGGCAUCACAUAACUUAUAUAUAUAUAGCUCCCCGGUGGAGCAUCACCUACAUACAUAUGCGCUAUGCUCUGAAAUGCUUCUGUUUUCGCUCUUCAAUUACCAGCCACAUUGGAAAAUUAUUAAUAUAAUACAUUCAUUAUACACAUAAAUAUGUUUACUGUUGUUGAAUAAAGUUUCACUCUGUGUGUAGUUGUAAAAAUGCCGACUCAUAAGCAUUUAAA